UGUAAUAUAACCUCUGCUCUGUGUUGUUUCCUCUUUCAGACCAGAAAAACAUGACAGCUGAGUCUGGACAGGACGUCACUCUGACAUGUCGAGCUCCGAAAAAUAACAUCAUCUUAGGUGUGGAGUGGAGCAGAGCUGACCUGAGAGAUGAAUAUGUGCUUUUUUAUCGGAAUGAGCAGUUGGAUCCAGACAACCAACAUCCAUCUUUUAAGAACCGGGUGGAUCUGCAGGACAAACAGUUGAAGGAUGGAGACGUGUCUUUGAUUCUGAAGAAUGUGUCGAUUAAUGACAAUGGAACAUACGAGUGUCGUGUCAAGGCAGGAACAAACCGUAGAAAGAGAGCUAUUUUGGAUGUUGACCCCAUCAGCAGCAUCACCCUGAGUGUUGUUGAUCCUCCAGGUCACACAGGAGGAGACACAGAGGAUGGAGGGAAGGAGGAUGGAGGGAAGGAGGAUGGAUCUGUUGGACUGAAAGUUGGUUUAUCAGUUUCUACUGUGCUUCUUGUUGCUGCUGUUGUUGGUUUUGUGAUCUACAAAAAAUGUCAACCCAAACAGACAGAAUUCAUGCCAGCAAACCGAUGAUCUACAGCAUGGAAAUGGCUCAGUGACUCAUACAGAGUCAGAGAAGCCUGCAUUGCUAAAUCAAACAGAAGGAUAAUGUCUGACUAAAAAAACAAAAACAAUAAUGUCCAAGUAGAAAACCAGAAGAAUCACACGUUUCCAAAGAGGUUUCAGAGGAUGGACGAUGGUUUGAUAAAUAAGCUGUGCUUGGGCUGAAAUAACUGAUGCGUGAACAUCAGUUCCCUCAAUAUUUUCACUUUGCCUGAAGUAAGACAAAAAAAAGUGAUUAUAAAAUCAAGAAGAACAGAAGUUGGGGACAAGGAGCAACAAAUCUUUCCAAAUUAGCUGAUCAUGUCAGAGUAACAUGUUGUGUUCUUUUCAUUUACAUCUUGUUGUUUUGUGGAACGGUUUGUUCAUGUUU